CACCGUCGACCACCCCCGUCAUCAACCAGCGGCAACCGUCAAAAUGCCUUUCCACAAGCUCGUCAAGAACAGCGCUUACUACAGCCGCUACCAGACCAAGUACCGUCGUCGCCGUGAGGGUAAGACCGACUACUAUGCCCGUAAGCGCUUGAUCACCCAGGCCAAGAACAAGUACAACGCCCCCAAGUACCGCCUGGUCGUCCGCUUCACCAACCGCGACAUCAUCACCCAGAUCGUCUACUCUGAGAUCUCCGGUGACAAGGUCUUCGCCAGCGCCUACUCCCACGAGCUCAAGCGCUAUGGCAUCACCAACGGUCUGACCAACUGGGCUGCCGCCUACGCCACCGGUCUCCUCCUUGCCCGCCGUACCCUCAAGAAGCUCGGCCUGGAUGAGCAGUUCCCCGGUGUCGAGGAGGCCGAUGGUGAGUACACCCUCACCGAGGCCGCUGAGACCGACGAGGGCUCCCGCCGCCCCUUCAAGGCUUUCCUUGAUGUCGGUCUUGCCCGUACCUCCACUGGUGCCCGUGUCUUCGGUGCCAUGAAGGGUGCCUCCGACGGUGGUAUCUUCGUUCCCCACUCCGAGAGCCGCUUCCCCGGUUUCGACAUCGAGUCUGAGGAGCUCGACGCUGAGACUCUCCGCAACUACAUCUUCGGUGGCCACGUCGCUGAGUACAUGGAGGGUCUUGCCGACGACGAUGAGGAGCGCUUCCGCUCCCAGUUCCACAAGUACCAGGAGGCUGGUGUUGAGGCUGGUGACAUUGAGGAGCUCUACACUGAGGCCCACAAGGCCAUCCGUGAGGACCCCUUCAAGAAGGACGAGGAUGCUGGUGAGAAGAAGACCAAGGAGGAGUGGAAGGCCGAGAGCAAGAAGUUCCGUCCUCAGCGCCUCACCCGCGAGCAGCGCAAGGAGCGUGUUGAGCAGAAGAUCCGUGAGCUUGCUGCUUAAAUGUCGGACUUCUGAGGCCGAUCGUGCUUGAUGGUUUUUACCACACCCAAAAAAGAAACUAUGAGUGCGAUAGUCAAAAAAGUUUGAUAAUUCUCUUUGAAAUAUAGGGGAAUUAAGGUUCUUCUUGCCCACUACUACUACUUCUUUUUUUUGUGAUAUCCAGUAGUCUUGAUGAAAUCUUCAUGACCGGAGUUUAUAUGGCAGGGUUGAGUUUUUAUGCGUUCGGAGCAAUCAAGGAACGCGCACAAUGGGAUAUUAAUUGAC